GCCCUCUCAAGUUGCCGAAACAGCUCAAGGUAAAAAUUCUCAUUUACUCAAUUUUCUAGAUGGCUCCAGAGAAGAAGGAACGAAAGACUCGAUCGGCUCUAUCCGAUGUGGUAACUCGUGAAUACACAAUCCACCUACACAAACACGUUCACGGUCUUGGAUUCAAGAAGAGGGCCCCAAGAGCUGUGAAGGCUGUUACUGAAUUUGCUCGUAAGGCUAUGGGAACUCAAGAUGUUCGAAUUGAUCCUUCUCUCAACGCUGCCAUUUGGAACAAGGGUAUCAGGAACGUACCACGGAGGAUUCGAGUCAGGCUUGCUCGUCAGCGUCACGAUGACGAGGACUCAAAAGAGAAGCUUUACACUUUAGCUACUUUUGUUGACGUGGGAUUGGAAACACAAGUUGUUGAAACCAAUGAUGCAUAA